AAGAGACCGGCGAGAGCGGCGAGUGGCGCAGUGCCGGCUCCGUGGGGUCCCUUUAUCCAUAUCGGUCAGCGGCCGAAAAUAGCGAUCCGCCCCUUACAUGGAAAUCUGCUGCCCGCAUUAACGUUGGGCCGGGAGCCCGCGUUGCCCGUUAGAGUCGGCCUAGUCCUUAGUUCGCCCUAAACAGAGGAGCUGCGGUAGAGGGAAGAAGAGGGAGAGGAAGACGUCGACGCGGUAACUACGACGACAACUCGGUGGUGGCCGACGGUCCCUGGGUCCAAAUAAGGACUCGUCACGAGCCAGGGCUGUCGGCAGCUGCUGCGGGCCUCGACGAAGGGAUGAGACUCUAAAGGAAAUAGAACUUGGAAGAAUCGAGAGUCAAAGGAUGAAAGAAAAAUCAUAACAGUUUAGAGAAGUAAAUUUAGAAUUCAACAAAGUUCUGAAUAAGGUGCACAGGGCGACUCGCUCACUCGAGCCAUCGCAAAGAUCCCCUCCACGUUUUUGCACUGCCGGCAAAGCCGAUGCUGGUACCGAUUCACAUUGCCGAGUUUCAACCCCGAAAGGGCGCAUCCUUUGUCGUCGAGCACCUCUCGUUAAUCGCUAUAUACGGCCACAGAAAAUCGCGAAAAUAGCUUCAGUGCGAAUGCGGAGGAGUGGCCGGAUGUUUGCCGAAGAGUAUUUCGAAGAAUUUGCUGAAAAAGCUUGCUGAGAAGUUGAAUAAACGUAUGCCUGAAUUAUGCUUGUACAACUGAAAGGUUUCAGGAUUUCUCGAAUGGAUAAACAAUUGGAUCGAAUAGAUCGCACAAUUCUUUACAAACAAAAAUUCUAAAUUAUUUCGGAAGAGAACAUUUAAUUAAAAAGAAGAAUAACUAGCUGUUUAAAAAAAACUUCCUGUUCGAUAAUAGCAACAAAUUUAGAGGGUUCUUCAUAAAAUUGCUCCACGGUUGCUUGAAGCCAGAAUUGACCUAGUUGCCUAUAAAGCGAUAGGCAAGGUGGCCCCAGCGUCGCGGCGCUAUUUUUGUUCGACGCGUCGCUAACUUUAGACGUACGGCCGACGGACGCUCCCUAAUAAGUUCAAGCGACGAUUAUGGUGGUCGACGCCGCCACCGCCACAGCCAACGACGACGGAUAAAACAUAACGCUUCGCCGCGAGGUAGCAGCGAGCGUGCCAAAAUUAUGCCUGCCCGCGCGGGAAAAAGGAAACAACAUGAUUGCAGUGCCGAAGACCUCGCCUAUAUGAUUAUGAACACGACGAAGAGGCAGCAAUAAUGUUAGUUUAACAUUACCGCUGCUCGCAAGUCGUUUCUUGUAUCUCGCUAAUUGUAAUUAAAAAGAAGCGAAUGUGAGCGAAGUUCACCGACGUUGAGGAAACGAAGGAAUGAGUAAUUUUAGAAAUUAACAGUGGAAAACAUGAGGGUGCGAUUCGCAGAGGAUAGACUCUUUAAUGGACAUGGAAGCAAGCACGAACAGUAUCGCAAAUAUAAAACUAUUUUAUAACUUGUUGAACAUUUGCCAGCACAAGUUUUGCUCCCUGCACGUUAUCGAGAUGACAGAUGUGCCAUACAACACAACAAUUAUACAAGUGUUUUGACAAUGCGCCAAGAUUCGAUCUCAAUGGGUACAGUAAUGUGGCGAUCUCAAUGAAUCCAGUGAUAUGCUACGAACUUGAACUUCUUUUUGAGAAGUCGGCAACGAAUUGAAGAUACUUUCUUAGAGACAUGUGGAAAGCAACUUGAUGAGAAGAUGAAUGGAAGUUUGGAAGGAUGGUUUACAGACAAGGAGUUUGAGAGACAAAGAUGCUACAUAAAUAUCAAAAAUGUUACGAGGAAUAUUGCAGAAGCCUUUCAAGAAAUGCUAAAGAAUUUCAACAGAAAGGCAAUGUCUUCUCGGAUUAAUGGAUUAAAUGGACUAAAUGGAAUUUUUAUACUUUUCUAAACAUUCCGAAUUAUUUUUAUUACGAGAUAAUAAUUAAAAUUGUCUUCAAGAUCACUAUGGAAUUCAGAGUAUCAAACUAAGUUCAUCGUCAUUUUCUUCUUCUUCGGCUUCAACUUCUCGUGGUCGUUCUCUGAAUUGCCGAGAUGCUUUUGGCAUACGUCGGAAAUCCCCGAUGCCUCCGCGGCGCUCCUGAAAAUACUCACUCAUGGCCAAAUCAGGGUAUUAACGCAAGACGAUGCUCCUCCGAUGUAUGAAACGACUGGUAAUCUUCCAUGAUCUUAUCUGCUUCCCGACCGAAAGAGUGAGAGAGAGGGGAUAUUUACGUCUGCAACCUGAACCUGAACAAAUAUUCAACCUGAGAGCUACGGUUAAUUUAUUUUACGACGUUCUUGACAUUGAACGUUUCCAAUUAACAUGGAUCUUCUACUAUUAUGUAUGGAACUUGAUGUUUUGACUUCGAUAUUCGAAUUCUUUUUUAAUUAAGAGUACACAAUAUGAUGAUGCGAUUACAUUGCUGCCAGAUAUUUCAAAAAGGCGUUUUCUGGAUUUGGAGUUUAGCUUAAUUGACUGUGUCACGUGACUAUUUCUGAAAUUUCGCACAAUCAUUUAUUCCGCGAUCGUAACGGGAGCCCUUGGAUCGAUAUCGAGUCCAGGACGUGUCCUCGACUCUCAAAGAAGUACCGUCAAUGAAGCGAAAAGAAUCUGAGGACGCAACAAGGACGUUCGCUCCCGUAAAUUCAGAAUAAUAUUUCCCUCUCGAUCCGAAAACAAUUGCCGAGAAACACGCGAAGAUUGGAAAAGAUCACGAUAAUUCGGAUCGAAACAUAAAUAUGCGAAAGGACCAGGACGAUGAAUCUUGGAACCAGGCAACCCGGAAUCAUGUAAUGAAAUACAUUUAUAUCGGAAAUCACAGACGCACAAUCGGAAGUCAGCGAAGGAGGGGAAAUUGCAUAAAAGAUAACGCGUCUCGCUGACGGAGAUCAGUCGACGGUCGGCGAUUGUGUGGUUUGAUUGUGGAGAAGGCACAAAAAUACUCGCAUUGAAAGUUACUCAGGUUUCUUGACUGUAACCGCAAGAUCUUGUUUUGCAAGAACGUGAAAGAUUGGCAAAUCGAUAUGCUGCGCCUAGUUUUGGUAGCGGCAGUCGUAAGUUUGGCGGUGGCUAAACCAACAGAGGAUCCGGUAGUAGAUCCUCCUGUCGAAAGUCAGGAUGCUGCGAAACUCCUGCAGAACGCCCGGGAUAUCCUGAAACGCCUCGACGCACAAUCCGGAGAAUGGAGCAACAAGCAGAGCCUCGCUGAAUGGAAUUACGCGUCGAAUCUAACGGACGAGAAUCUAGCCGAAAAACUGAACGUGUCUGCAGCGGCUGCGCGUGUCAGAAAACAGAUCGCCGAAGAAGCGAACGCUUUUCCUUGGAGGGACUUGGAGGAUGAGAAUAUUAAGAGACAGUUCAGCAAGUUCGGUAUACUAGGUGUCGCCGCGCUUCCUGAAGACAGUUACAAGGAGUUCGAAACAACCAUCAGUCAGAUGGAGAAUAUCUACAGUACUGCGAAAAUCUGCGACUAUAAGAAUAAGACCAAAUGCGAUCUCGCACUCGAACCGGAAAUCACUGAAAUCCUGAUGCACAGCCGCGAUCCCGAAGAACUGAAGCACAUCUGGGUAGAAUGGAGGAAAGCUUCGGGUGAACAGGUCAAGUCUUUGUAUCCCAAGUAUGUUGAAUUAGCGAACACCGCGGCGAGACUCAACAACUUUUCAGACUAUGCAGAGUACUGGAUGAAGGAUUACGAAGCCGAAGAUUUCCCCGCACAAAUCGAGACCCUUUGGCAACAAUUGAAACCGCUGUACCUGCAGCUGCACGCUUACGUUCGACGCGAACUCAGGAAUAAGUACGGUGAGAACAUCGUUUCCAAGGACGGUCCGAUUCCAGCACAUUUGUUGGGCAACACCUGGGCUCAGACAUGGUCGAAUAUUGCAGAAUUCACCGUACCAUUUCCGGGCAAACAGUUGCCGGAUGUCAGCGCCGCUUUGGUCGAACAAGAUUAUAACGCGACCAGUAUAUUCCGACUUGCCGAGAACUUCUUCAAGUCGAUCAAUCUAACCGCCAUGCCGGACACAUUCUGGGAGAAUUCGAUCCUGACGAAGCAGAGGGACGUGGACAUGGUUUGCCACGCAAGUGCGUGGGACUUUUAUGACGGCAAGGAUUUCAGGAUUAAGCAGUGUACACGCAUCAACAUGGAAGACUUGUUGACGGCGCAUCAUGAAAUGGGACACGUCGAGUAUUAUUUACAGUACAAGAAUCAGCCCAACAUCUUCAAGGAGGGCGCGAAUCCCGGUUUUCACGAGGCGGUCGGCGACGUCAUUUCUCUCAGCGCGUCCACUCCCAGCCAUCUCAAGAAGAUCGGACUACUGAAGAACGACUCGACUGACCAGGAAGCAUUGUUGAAUCAUCUUUACGCAAAAAGUCUUGAUAAGAUCGUUUUUCUGCCGUUCGCCUACAUGAUGGAUCGAUGGCGUUGGGAUGUAUUCCAGAGAAAAGUGACGCCCGAUAAUUACAACUGCAAGUGGUGGUCGCUCGCGGAGGAGUAUCAAGGCAUUGAACCACCAGUGGAUAGGUCGGAAGAAGACUUCGAUCCCGGUGCAAAAUACCACAUAAUCGCAGACGUUGAGUACAUAAGAUAUUAUGUAAGCUUCGUGGUACAAUUCCAAUUUCAUAAGGCGCUGUGCACUAAGGCGAAACAAUACGAUCCAAACAAUCCAAACGCCAAUCCAUUGCAUCAAUGUGAUAUUUACGAUAACAAGGAUGCCGGAAACCUACUGAAGUCUAUGUUGGAGUUGGGUUCUUCGAAACCAUGGCCAGAUGCGAUGGAAAAGAUCGCAGGACAAAGGGAAAUGGAUUCUACUGGACUUUUAGAAUAUUUCAAGCCCUUGACUGAUUGGCUGACGAAAGAAAAUAAGAAAACUAACGAAUAUAUUGGAUGGAAAUCCAGUAAUAGACGUAAAUUAGAAAGAAGCAUAACCAUGGUGAAGGAACAAUUUAGAGAGAAAAAUGUCGCCAGUGAAAUCUCCCACAUAUCUUUCGAAGCAGACAACAUGCAGAAUAUGCUUAUGCAAGCCAGUGUGCAAGUUGUGACUAAAAAUAUGUACAACGAGGAUGUUGGGCGUACCCCAGUUUUGUAUGGAAUACUUGACAGACGCAUGGGAGUAUGUUCUAGUGGCAAUGAAUGUACUACAUGUGGUAAAACAUUGCUGGAUUGUGUAGGCCAUUUUGGUUAUAUAGAGUUGCAAUUGCCAGUCUUUCAUGUAGGCCAUUUCAGAUCUAUCAUUCAGAUUUUACAGACAAUUUGCAAGAAUUGUGCCCGUGUUCUGUUAACAGAAGAAGAAAGGUCAUUUUAUACACGUAAAUUACAAACUUCAAAUCUAGGAUAUCUAAUGCGUAAGGCAUUGCGUAAGCAAAUUUGGGAGAAAGCAAAGAAGAAAACAACAUGUCCAACUUGUAAAGCGAAUAAUGGUCCUAUUAGAAAAGCAGGUUUUCUUAAGAUUGUACAUGAAAGAUAUAAGAAUUUAAAGAAAACAGAUCCUAUUAUUCAAGAAAAAUUAAUCGAGUUAGGCCCAGCAAUGGAGCAUGACAAAGAGCUUAAGAGUGUAGUAGAACAAAAUUACAGAAGUGUAUUUGACCAAUAUUUAUAUCCAAAUGUGGUUCGAGAACUUUUCACCCGAAUUCCAGUAGGUGAUGUUUAUUUGUUACUAAUGGAUCCUAAAUGUGCAGUGCCAGCAGAUUUAAUAUUAACUAGGAUUCCUGUGCCACCCGUUUGUAUUAGACCUAGCGCUUUGUCUGAUUUAAAGGCUGGUACAAAUGAAGACUAUCUAACAAUGAAAUUGUCCGAAAUAUCUCUUAUUAAUGAUGUUAUUGAGAGACAAAAUAAUGUUAAUAUAAUUAGUUACAUGGAUCAUUGGGAUUUUCUUCAAUUACACUGUGGUCUUUAUAUCAACAGUGAAAUAUCUGGUAUACCUCCUCACAUGCAACCUAAAAAAUUUGGUAGAGGUAUGGUACAAAGAUUAAAAGGAAAGCAAGGACGUUUUCGUGGUAAUUUGUCUGGUAAACGUGUUGAUUUUUCUUCUCGUACAGUAAUUUCACCCGAUCCGAAUCUUAGAAUAGACCAAGUUGGUGUACCUAUGCAAGUUGCGAUGACUUUAACGUUUCCUGAAAAAGUUAAUCCUUCAAAUAUCGAAUUGUUACGCAUAUUAGUUAGAAAUGGUCCAGAUGUACAUCCUGGAGCGAAUUAUGUACAAUAUUACGAUAACAAUACGCAAAAUAAAGUAUAUCUUAGAUACGCCAAUCGGAACAAAAUCGCUCAAAAUUUGCAGAAUGGUGAUAUUGUCGAAAGACAUCUCAAGGAUGAUGAUUUGGUGCUAUUUAAUCGACAACCGUCUUUGCAUAAAUUAAGUAUAAUGGCGCACAGAACUAAAGUGUUGCAGCAUCGAACGUUUAGAUUUAAUGAAUGUUGCUGUGCGCCUUAUAAUGCGGAUUUUGACGGUGAUGAAAUGAAUAUACAUUUUGCACAGACCGAGGAAGCGAAAGCAGAAGCGCUGGUUCUAUUAGCGAAUAAAUCCAAUCUAGUUACACCACGCAACGGCGAUUUACUGAUAGCUGCAACCCAAGAUUUUAUAACAGGUGGAUAUCUUUUGACUCAGAAAGAUGUGUUUUUCCGGAUAGACCAAGUUAAAUUGGCUCUUUGUUUCUUGACUGGUCCAGACGCGUCUACGAAUGUAAUUCUUCCUGUACCAGCAAUUCUAAAACCAGUCAAACUGUGGACUGGCAAGCAAAUAUUCAGUUUGAUUAUUCGACCAACCGCAAAAUGUCCUGUUAAAGCAAAUCUAAAGACAAAGGGCAAGACUUAUACUAGCGGCGAGGAAUUUUGUAUUAAUGAUUCUUAUGUUAUUAUUCGCAAUUCCGAGCUCUUAGCAGGAGCAAUGGAUUCAUCUACAUUGGGUUCCGGAUCGAAGCAAAAUAUAUUUUACAUUCUGCUACGUGACUGGGGUGAAGAUGUUGCAAUCACGGCAAUGUGGCGUUUAACAAGAUUAACAAAUCAUUUUAAUUUUGACAGAGGAAUUUCUCUCGGUCUCAGUGAUCUUAUAGCGAAUAAGGGUCUUCUACGAGCCACAGAAACUUUGUUAAACACUCACUACUCUAAGUGUGAUGAAUACAUUCAACUAAUGGAAGAAAAUCAACUCGUCUGUCAACCUGGAUGUACGAUAGAGGAAACAUUGGAAACGAAGAUAUUAAACGAGCUUUCGGUUAUUCGUGAUAACGUUGGUAAAGCAUGUUUGAAGGAAUUACACCGUACCAAUACUCCUUUAACUAUGGCGCUCUGUGGGAGUAAGGGUAGUUAUAUCAACGUUUCUCAAAUGAUUGCCUGUGUAGGUCAACAAGCUAUCAAUGGACGUAGAGUGCCGAAUGGAUUCGAAAAUCGUGCAUUGCCUCACGUUUUAGCACAAUUGAGGAAACCCGAUGUUAAAGGCUUUGUAAAAAAUUCAUUUUACUCCGGUUUGGGAUCAAAAGAGUUUUACUUUCACGCGAUGGGUGGUCGAGAGGGUCUCACGGAUACCGCUGUCAAAACUGCGGAUACCGGAUACAUGCAGAGACGAUUGAUCAAAAGUUUAGAAGAUCUAUGCGUUCACUAUGAUAUGACAGUACGUAAUGCGAUGCGCGAUAUCAUACAGAUUUGCUAUGGUGGUGACAAAUUGGAUCCUACAUACAUGGAAGGUAAAGACUGUCCGGUGGACUACAAAAGAGUAUAUGAUCAUGUGAGAGCAAAGUUGCCUUAUAAGAACGAAGAGCCUUUAGAUGCUGUUAGCGUGAUGAGCGCCGCAGAGGACAUGCUAUCUACCGAGGAGUACGAGUGCUUGAGUGACGAAUUCAAGAUGGAAUUGAUCGAGUUCUUGAAAACGGUGGCGCGGAAGAUAGCGCGUUAUCGGCAGAACAUUAAGUCGAAUUCACCGGUGGUCCAGCAACUCGAACGUUUCACCCUUUCACAAUUGGUGGAAUUUAUUCACACGUGCAAGGAGAAAUACAUGAGAGCCGUGAUAGAACCAGGCACGACUGUGGGUGCCCUUGCCGCGCAAAGUAUCGGCGAGCCAGGAACCCAGAUGACUCUUAAAACAUUUCACUUUGCCGGUGUAGCGUCUAUGAACAUCACUCAAGGUGUGCCGCGUAUUAAGGAGAUUAUCAAUGCGAGCCCGAAGAUCAGUACUCCCAUUAUAAUAGCGACAUUGGUUGACGGUAUGGAUCUUGAAGGUGCCGAACGAGUGAAGGCGAGAAUUCAGAAGACGACACUAAAAGAUGUAACGGAACUUAUUGAACAAGUAUAUACACACGACGGAUAUUUUAUUAGGAUAAAAUUAAACUUGGAGAAGAUAAAAUUAUUAAAAUUAGAAGUGAACGUUUAUUCUAUCAGUUAUAUACUUUGCACAUCAAAGUUGAGACUAACUUCAAAAAAUGUGCGUGUAAAAGACGAUUCAACUAUUAUUAUUUCACUAACUAGACAAAAGGAGAAUUCUAGUUUUCCGUUUCGUCGAUUGAUGGAGGUUCUUCCAAAAAUUAUUGUGAAGGGCAUGCCAUCAAUUUCUAGAGUUGUUGUACAUGAUGAAAUGGCUGAAGGGAAAAGGAAAUGGAAAUUAUUAGUGGAAGGAGAUAAUUUUAGGGAAGUUAUGGCAACAUCUGGAAUCCUCGGUACAAAAACGACAUCGAAUAAUACAAUAGAAGUUUUUAAAACACUCGGAAUAGAAGCGGCAAGAACAACUAUCAUGUCAGAAAUCAAAUCAGUAAUGGAAAAUCACGGAAUCAGUAUUGAUCGUCGACAUCUAAUACUUUUAGCAGAUUUAAUGACGAGUAGAGGAGAAGUGCUUGGUAUUACAAGACAAGGUUUAGACAAGAUGAAAGAAUCAGUUUUAAACCUAGCAUCGUUUGAGAAAACGUCAGAUCAUCUAUUUGAUUCAGCUUAUUAUGGACAGAAAGACACUAUAUGCGGCGUGUCAGAAUCGAUAAUAAUGGGUAUUCCAAUUCCAGUGGGCACAGGAAUGUUUAAAUUACUUAACAAAGCAGAUAAAUAUGAACCACAAAAGAGGGAACUUCUCUUUGACAAUCCACAAUUUCACAAGCAAUUCCAUUCUGGAAAACGACUUACGCGAAUACGACCGCGUCCAGUGCUACAGACGUCUUAAUUAUGAUAUGAUAAGAUAUACACAUAUAAGACAUUGAUAUGAUAAGAUAUA